AGUCAGUGCAGCAGCCAAGACCACUAGAUCCGCUCGGCUUAUUGACUUAGAGACUUAAGCCGGCAGGCAGUCCGAAGGCUCAACCGGCUAAGCCUAGUCGACCCGACCCACCAACUAGGCUACUGCACCACCUACUUCGUCAGGCCACCUACGACCUACCUAUCUACCUGACACGCUUCCUCUCUCUCUUGACCGCGUGCGUUUGAGAGCCGGAGCCGCGUAACCUUAACCUCGUGGCGGGCUCCUUAACCUCGAUCCUCCCGACGGGGUAGGCUCGAUGUAAAUCCAACGCGUCGAUAAUCCUUCAGUCGCCGAAACGCGGUCUCAGGAAGUAGCUUCCAUCACGCGAGUUUCGGUAAGUUACAGUGUCAUCCGAGUUUUAUAACAAGAAAUUUUUGACUAAGCUGUCUGCUUUGGCUGAUAUCGCCGAAAAAGGUUUGUCCGAAGAUUUUCAUUAAGUUGGGUAGUUCGGUUGGUAUCAUCUACUGUGAGCUUUUUCUGAUAAGGGUGGAUCGGUUUUACAAGAAGUGGUUCCCUAAGUUGGGCAAUUUGGCUAAUAUCGCUUAUUUGACAGCAAGACCAAUCCAAAAAGUUACAAGUUUAACUGACAUCGCCUGAAAGCAGUUGUCUGGUUUAUCAAAUUCCGUAUUUUUGCUGGUAUUGCCAAGCAGGUGAUUGUCCUCGAGCAGUUGUCAGAUAUUGGAAGAAUUGUACGUUCUUUUUCGGGAGUGGGGUCCCACGUGACAGUUGACGGACAAGAGACUCUGAGGUUUCUCUAGUUAACCAGCUGUCGAUGGAGAGGCAUAGCACGUGUUCGUUGUUCGGUGAUAAGGUGCAAGCUUCUCUGACAGUUGUGAGAGAGUGAUUUGUUCAGUAGUGAUUUUAUUUGGAAAUACUCAUCGGAAGACAAGUGUUCAUUCUCGGUUUUGGGAUAGUGUAUUAGAAAGAAUAGGAAACUGAAGGAACUAAGAGGAUUAAAAGAAAUGAGAAGAGCAGCUUUUGAUGAAGCACUAAUCAUAUAAAUAGAAAACACCUCUUUGAGAUCUAAUCAAAUAUUUGCGACUACAGAAAUCUUUACGUCAGUUUAACAUCCGCAAGUUAAAGGAAUACAAAAGGAUAAUCCAAGUGAUGAGAAAUCAUUUAAAGUUUUGAAAACAUUGGAUAGAGAUUCUUCGGGUGGACGGUGAUCCUUGGAGAAGUGGUCGGAACCGUCGGCACGACGUUAACGUUUUACAGUAUGGAGCGUGGCGGGGGCGGGGGGAGCCUCGAACUCGCCGGCGGCGGUGGAGGCAACGGAGAACUCUGUCUCCAGGACCUGGUAACUGGCUCGGCUGCAGGGUUGUCGGUUCAACACCAUCAGCACGUGGCGGCCGCAGCCACCAUGGCAGGAUUGCAUGCUGGCGAUCAUCUUCAGAAUUCGAUGCAACAUCACGAUAUCCACGGGAAUCAUCAUGAUACUUCAAUGCUCCACAGCUCAAACCAUCAGGUUCAUCAUGAACCGUUGGAGAAACUUAAACGUGGUGUCCGCGCACCAGUUGAGGUAAAACAAGAACUGGGGACUGUUGGAGGUGUUGUGUCUACGGCAGGAGUGGUUGGGGUCAACGAUACGGACGAUAAGGAUGGAAAAAAGAAUAAGCGACAAAGGCGGCAGAGGACGCAUUUUACUUCACAACAACUUCAAGAACUGGAAUCAACUUUUGCGAGGAAUCGGUAUCCGGAUAUGACGUGCAGGGAAGAAAUAGCUAUGUGGACCAAUCUCAGUGAAGCACGUGUCAGGGUAUGGUUCAAGAACAGGAGAGCAAAGUUCAGGAAGCGCGAGCGUGUAAUGGGUGCAGGAUCAGCCGACUUCAGGCCCGGUAUUGGCGCAGGUGCCCUGAACACGUUCAUAGGUCAGCCAUUCCCCGACGCGGAAUCACUCUAUAACUAUAGUUCCUACAACAACUGGGCUUCCAAAGUACCAUCUCCACUAAACACCAAAAGCUUUCCAUGGUCAGUGAACACCCUAGGCUCCGUAGUGCCAACUGCAUCUCAUCAUCACCACCCUCAAGUCAAUCCUGUGAACUGUUUCAACUCCGCGACCUCGUUAGCAGGAAGCCACGUGGGUGGUAUGUCUGUCUCUGUAGGCCAGGCAGCAUCCUCAAUGAUUCCAGGCAUGGGCUCCAGUUUAGGAGUCACCGGCUCGCCGGUUGCAGCAUCCGGAGCAACCUGUCCUUAUGGACCACCCGCUGGUCCACAUCCCUACGGGCCGCCGGUCUACAAUCCACAUCAUCGGACAGGAGCUCCAACGGAGCCAUACACUGUCACCUCCAGUAGUCUAGCAACCCUUCGGCGAAAGGCAAAAGAACAUAGCAGUGGAUACUGUACCAGUUUCAUCACUGGAGUCAGCAAUAUUACGAAUACCGGAAGUAUAAGCCCCGUCAGCUCUAGAGCAUCAUCUGGGGGUGGAUUGAGUGCCUGUCAGUAUGCUUUGACCUCUGGAGCCACCAACGCUCACUCUCCUGGACCAGAACACGCUAACUCCACGGCUAGAACCCAAGUUUGAGGAGAAGUGGGGGCUGCAACAAGCCCCCAUCAUCGAGUGGUCCCAUCAACAACGGCAAAUUCGUUGAGUAAUAGUCAAGUAGUCGGUGGUACCACCCAGAACGGAGAUCCUCUUCGGGAGCCGGAGUGACACAGGCCUCGGUCCGUCGCUU